GAAUCUCCUGAUAAGUAACGCAGGAGCAGUCGGGAUAGUCACUAUAUUGUAUCUGUUGGCCAAUCUUGCUUACACGGCGGUACUGAGCGUUUCCACCGUAAUCGGAGCUACUGGGUCAGAUCCUAAUGAAAUUAUAGGCAUUUAUUUUGCCGCGCAAAUUGAACAGGGGGACGUUAAUAUUGGUGAAUCUAAUUUUCCCUUGACCAAAAUAAAAGGAGCGCGUGCGUUGGCUUUUUUCAUCUCUCUUAGUGCUUUCGGUGCUGCUGCCGUGUUGAUGCAAACUGCUUCGAGAGUGGUAGAUCUAGCAGGCCAGCACAACUACGUUCCAUUGGUUUCUGGGUGGCUGUCCACGUGGAAUGCCAGGCUUGGGACGCCUGUAAAUUCUUUUAUUGCUCUCUUUGCUUGGUGCUCUAUAUUGACGCUGGUAGUUCCAGGCGAAAGUUCGUUCGAAUUUUUAGUCAAGGUCGAACAAUACGCCGAGUACUUUUUCUUCCUACUCGCAGCUAUUGCUGCAUUGUUGUUACGGAGGAGAAAUCCAAACAGUACUACGUAUAAGGCACCGUUAGCUGGCAUAAUUCUUUUUAUUUUGUUCGCGUCGGCGAUUGUUAUCCUCUCGUGGGUACCACCAAAGAGCGGCCACGCAUCUCCAAAAAAUUCAACAACACCUUUGACAACACCUUUAACAACACCUUUAACGAAUUCAACAUCAUCAGUGGUGACAUGUACGUCUCAGUCUGUCAAUAACUAUAUCGUCUACGGUACUAGUCUCGGAGUUCUGCUUUUGACUGGUGCGUUGUGGCAAUUGAUGAAGAAUAAAUUUACACGUGACGAAGAAACCGAACACAUAACAGAAUCGGGACAUGGCCCCCGUGUUGGAAAUGUUUGA